UCCGGAAUCCAGAAGGACGUAGAACACGGAGGAAAGUGCUUCUGGAUUCGAAGAUUUACCCUGUAAUUAGGGCUCAUAUAGCGAGGCAUGGUUGGAUUGUUUCGAUCUUCAUUGUUCUGAACAAGCAACUCCAACACCUGAUCGGCUUUAGGGUUAUUCAAUUCAGUUCCUUGGCCGCAAAAUGGCUUUGAAUCCUCAGUUGUUUCCUAACGGGAUGCCCGUUCCUUUUGCCAACGAGAUGUUUGUCUUGAGCAGAGAUGGCGUCGAAUUUGAGAUUGACAAGAUUCCCGGUUCUCAUGGGGGAAAGGUUAAAGCAAAGGGAAGAAUCUUCUUGUCAAACGUACGGAUGGUCUUUGUUGCUACCAAACCUGUUGAGAAUUUUAUUGCUUUUGAUAUGCCCCUGCUUCACGUCCAUGGUGAAAAGUUUAACCAGCCAAUAUUCCAUUGCAACAAUAUUUCUGGACUCGUGGAGCCUGUAGUCCCUGACGACCAACACAGGGCAUUAUAUUCUACUCAUUCCUUCAAGAUUCUAUUCAAGGAAGGUGGUUGUGGAACAUUCGUCCCUCUAUUUUUCAAUUUGAUAACAUCAGUGAGGCAGUAUAAUCAGCAUUAUGGUUCAGGGGUACAGCAGCUGUCAGAUCCUUUGGUAGCCGCACAAACUCCAGUUGACGAAAUGAUGAGAACAGCAUAUGUGGACCCGAAUGAUCCAACGAGAAUCUUUCUGCAGCAGCCCAAUCCAGAGACACAGCUGAGGCGCCGCACGUACCACUCCCAGUCUGGGGAAAACUCCAUAUAGUUUUCUUAUUUCCUGAAUAAAGCCUGUUUUAAGGCCAGCAUGUUUAUACUAUUGGUCUAUCCACCAGGGACAUUCCAUACAUAAAGAUUGUUGUCCUGAGAAACAUAAAUAUGCCGCUGCACAUGAAUAUGUAGUCUGUAUUUCAUUUCCUGAAUAGGCCCCUGUUUUUAGGAAUGGUGGUUCAUACCUUUGACCUGUGUAUACCAUGUCUUGGAAGUGCCAGAUGGUAUUUGGCCUCACUGUUA